ACCAAAAACUAUCUAACAAAAAAAAAAAAAAUACCGACUAAUAAGUAAUAAUUCACAUGUAAAAGUAGAUAAAAAUAUCGCAGCAGAUUUAUCUCUGUCUCAAGCCAAAAAGGCAGAGCAACCUUUCACAUUUUUCGAGUACUUGAACCAACUCUCUUUCACACUCUCUCUCCAUUAUAAAUCUCCAAAGGCUGAGAAUCUGUUUGGCCAGAGAGAAAAAGAAGGAAAGAAAGAGAGAAUCUGGGAGGAGAAACAUGGGGAGCUACAGAAUGUGCGUGUGCUUCACUAGGAGGUACAGGAUCACGGAGGCGGAGCCGCCGUCGGACGUGAAGGAGACUUUUGAGAAGUACUCGGAUGGCGGUAAUGCCGAGCAGCUGCGGCGGUUCCUUGCGGAGGUCCAGUCCGACGACUCCGUUUCAACGGAGGACGCCGAGGGAAUAGUGGAGCAGCUCCACCACUGGCGACACCACCACCACAUUACCAACAAGUUCAGAAAGCACUCUCUCACUCUUGACGACUUUCAUCACUACUUGUUCUUUGUUGAUAUGAAUUCCCCUAUUCCGGAUCAGGUUCAUCAGGAUAUGAAAGCUCCUCUGUCGCAUUAUUUCAUAUACACUGGACAUAAUUCUUAUUUGACUGGGAAUCAACUGAGCAGCGACUGCAGCGACGUUCCGAUAAUCAAGGCUCUGCAGAGAGGUGUAAGAGUUGUGGAGCUUGAUAUUUGGCCUAAUCCCACCAAAGACGAUGUGCAUGUUAUUCACGGAAGGACUUUGACAACUCCUGUGGAUCUACUGAAAUGUUUGAAGUCGAUUAAAGAACACGCUUUCGUGGCUUCUCCGUACCCGGUCAUUAUAACUCUUGAAGAUCACCUUCCGCCGGAUCUCCAAGCUAAAGUAGCUCAGAUGAUCUCCAAAACAUUCGGGGACAUGUUGUUUUAUCCCGAAUCUGAUUGCUUAUCGGAAUUCCCUUCACCGGAAAAAAUGAAAUACCGGGUCAUUAUUUCAACCAAACCUCCAAAGGAAUACCUUGAACAGGAAAAAACCACCAAAGAAACCGAAGAUCACAGCUCGAAAAAGCGAAGAGACUCUGACCAAGAAGAAAAUCAAUCGAGCGAAAGUGAUACAAGUGAACACAAUAAAGAAGAUUGUGAAAAUAAAAAGAAGUGUGAUGCUCAUCGGAGCGUAUCUGGAGCACCGGAAUACAAGCGUCUAAUCGCGAUGCAUGCCCGUAAACGGAAAGGGGGUUUAAAGGAGCAAUUAAAAGUAGAGAGUGAUAAAGUCAGCCGCCUAAGUUUGAACGAACAAGCACUUGAAAGGGCUACCUCAUAUCAUGGAACAGAUGUUGUUCGAUUUACUCAGAAGAAUUUCCUGAGGGUGUAUCCUAAGGCUACUCGGGUUGACUCCUCAAACUACAAGCCGUUAAUGGGUUGGAUGCAUGGUGCUCAAAUGGUUGCUUUAAAUAUGCAGGGAUAUGAUAAAUCUCUGUGGCUGAUGCAUGGCAUGUUUAGAGCAAAUGGGGGUUGUGGUUACGUGAAAAAGCCUGAGUUUUUAAUGCAUAAUCAGACAUUAUUUGAUCCCAAAGCAGAAUUGCCAGUGAAGAAGACUUUAAAGGUGAAAGUAUACAUGGGAGAUGGAUGGCAUUUGGAUUUCAAACAAACCCACUUUGAUUUGUACUCCCCUCCAGACUUCUACGCCAGACUUGGGAUAGCAGGAGUGCCAGCAGAUGAAACAAUGAAGAAAACAAAGAAAAAAGAGGAUGACUGGACACCCGUUUGGGACGAGGAGUUCACGUUUCCGCUGACUGUACCAGAGCUGGCUUUGCUUAGAGUUGAGAUAAAUGAGUACGACAUGUCAGAGAAAGAUGAUUUCGCUGGCCAGACUUGUUUGCCUGUUUCUGAGUUGAAACCGGGAAUCCGUGCGGUCCCUCUCUUUGAUCGCAAAGGAGACAAGUACAACUCAGUCAGGCUCCUCAUGAGAUUUCAAUUCCUGUAAUACUUUGACCAAUAUUAAUGUCGUUUAAUUUUAUCUGAAUCUUUGUAUAUUUAUCACAUAAUAUGAUAGAUUUUAAGUUUUGGUUUCCUCUUUUG